CCAUCCAUCAUUGCACAACAUAGCUAGAGUUUCCUCUUGAGAAAGAGAGUUUCCUCUGCACAAGGGAAAGAGAGUCUCUACUAUAGCCGGAGAAAUGGCCUUGCACUUGUCAUUGGACUUCGUUUUUGGCGUUUUAGCUAAUAUAAUCUCCGCCAUGGUUUGCCUUGCUCCUCUGCCAACUUUUUACCAAAUUUGCAAGAAGAAAACAAGCGAAGGUUUCCAGUCUAUUCCAUAUGUAAUUGCACUAUUUAGUGCUAUGCUGUGGUUGUUCUAUGCAAUUUUUGAUGAGGAUUCCACCCUUCUCAUCACCAUUAACUCCUUCACUUUCUUCAUGGAGACUGGCUACCUUACUGUGUACCUUAUCUAUGCCACAAAGAAGGACAGGAUGUUCACUACAAAACUCAUCCUCUUCUUCAAUAUUUUUGGUUUCGGAAUGAUCGCUAUCUUAACUCUUUUCCUUACACAUGGCCGCAAACGCGUUGAUGUUCUUGGAUGGAUUUGCAUGAUCUUUGCUUUAUGCGUGUUUGUUGCCCCUAUGGGUAUCAUGAGAAAAGUGAUAAAAACGAAGAGUGUCGAGUUCAUGCCAUUUUCUUUAUCAUUCUUCCUCACCUUGACUGCGGUGAUGUGGUUCUUCUAUGGUUUUCUAAAGAAAGACCUUUAUGUUGCCAUUCCAAACACAUUGGGCUUUCUUUUUGGGAUUGUCCAGAUGGUGCUUUAUUUAAUCUACAGAAACCCCAAGAAAUUACCUGUAGAGGAUCCUAAACUUCGCGAAUUGUCCGAGCACAUCGUCGACGUUGCAAAGCUGAGUGCAACCCUCUGUUCCGAGAUAACCACAGUAGUGGUUCCACAGCCCAUAGACAAUGGAAAUGAUGUUGGAGGUCAAAAAAUUAAGGAAGAAACCGAGCAGGACAUUGGUACCCCUGCAGACAAAGUUUAACAUUAACAUUACCAUUAACGUGUUCUUGGUUAUGUUUUUUCCUUUUAAUCUUGCAUGUAAUCGUUCAAAGUGGUGGUGCCAUGUCUACUUGUAAGGCUGCAAUGCAGCCAUGUUGUCUAUUAUGCCAAAUCUAGUUCCAUUUAAUGUCAA